ACUAGUAAUUCAUAUAGAUUCAUGCCGUGAGGCUGCAGAGAAAUCAGUUUAUUCUACAUCAGAAACGAGCUGGGGACAUGCGCAUCCAUGUCAACCAACAUGGCCACCUAUACCAGAAGCUGUAGCCACGGGUUGACAGCAUAGCCCUUGCCAUUUCUGAGAAAAAUUAGUACAGGUAUCAGGUCUAUUAUCCAGAUAAUGUUUCCAUCAUUUGGAUCUGCACGAAAACAUUUACCGUCAAACCCAACAGGAUUGUUUCACCGCCAGUAUGGAUUCAUGCAUUUUAGUUACAUCAAGUACAGGAGGAAAAGAACGAUUUGAGUGCCCCUUGAACUUUAAGCCUAUGGCUGUGUAUGACGGUACAAUGACUUCAGAUCCUGACUUAGAAGUGUGGCUUAUCAAGGCCCCAGCAGAUUUUAAUCCUGAGAGCUUCACCAACCACCGUUUCCCUCUUGCUGGCUGCAAGUCCCAGAAAGUUAAAGUCGAUGGUGUUCGGAGACUGUACAGUGUUGCAGCGGCUCCAUGCACAGAUACACCCUGCCGUGCCCUCUUGCCACAGGAUAAUGCAUCUGGGGACAGACUUGUGUGCGCUCCCCUAUUUCAAGGUGUCAUUACCAUAUCAGAUGCCCAUGGAGAUUCUUCAGCUGUACACCCCAUUCCAGACAGGCAACCUCGAGCUGUUCCCGAAGGGUUAAAAUUAAGAUACAGCCCUUUUGGCUCAGUUAACCCAAGUAAUAAGAGGAAGGGAGAGGAAGCCAUUGUUCAUACUACUAAGAAGAAGAAGAAAAAACGAAAGCGGGUGGAGGAAAAUGUUAAUGUCUAGGACUGCAACAUUUGCAUUAUGCCUCUCAUAUCUGUAAUAUCUCUUGUGGCCACAAGGUGGCGUUAUUAAAUCUGCUACAUAAACA